GGAAGUAGGUGGUUGCAUGUCUUGCUAGCAGCAACAGCUGGUCUGUUUACUACACCGACAGUGCAAGGAAAACCUGUCAACAGUUGGGGCGAUAUAGCGAGCUAUGACAGUAAAACAACAUUGACUGUUGGACGUGCAUUUUCUCUGUACGUCCACGAUCGGUUUGCUGUCUUGAAACGGGGCCUUAGGAUGGCGGUGUGGAUCCAGGCCCAGCAGCUGCAAGGGGAGGCCUUGCACCAGAUGCAGUCUCUCUACGGCCAGCAUUUCCCCAUAGAAGUCCGCCACUACCUUGCCCAGUGGAUUGAAAGCCAACUCUGGGACUCUGUGGAGCUGGAGAACCCUCAGGAAGAGCUCAAGGCUAAGCGUCUGUUAGACAGCCUGGUCCAGGAGCUGCAGAGGAAGGCCGAGCACCAGGUAGGAGAGGACGGCUUCCUGCUCAAGAUCAAACUGGGACACUACGCAAACCAGUUCAAGAGCACAUACGACCGCUGUCCUUUGGAACUGGUGCGCUGUAUCAAGCACAUCCUCCGCUCGGAGCAAAGACUGGUGCAAGAAGCUACUAAUGCAAACUGCGCAGGAGGCGGGGCCAUGGACAGCCUAUCACAGCGUCACCAGCAAAUCAACCAGGCGUUUGAAGUGCUGCGGGUGUCCUCGCAGGAGACGGAGAACGAGCUGCGCAAGCUGCAGAACAACCAGGAGUACUUCAUAAUACAGUACCAGGAGAACCUGCGCAUCCAGGCCCAAAUAAGCAGCCUGGCGUCCCUGCCUCCAGCUGAGAGGACCCAGAGAGAGACGACCCUUCAGAGCAAGAGAGCCACUGUGGAAGCCUGGCUUACCCGAGAGGCCAACACUCUGCAGAAAUACAGACUGGACCUAGCAGAGAAACACCAGCAGAGCCUGACCCUGCUCAGGAAACAGCAGACGUUGAUCCUGGACGAGGAGUUGAUCCAGUGGAAAAGACGCCAGCAGCUGGCAGGCAACGGGGGGCCACCUGAAGGAGGCUUGGAUGUCCUGCAGUCCUGGUGUGAGAAGCUGGCCGACCUGAUAUGGCAGAACCGCCAGCAGCUCAGGAGGGCUGAGCAUCUGACUCAGCAGCUUCCUCUGCCAGGCCCCAUCGAAGAGCUCCUCACCAAGCUCAAUGGUGACAUCACAGACAUCAUCUCUGCUCUGGUCACCAGCACAUUCAUCAUUGAGAAGCAGCCUCCUCAGGUGCUGAAGACUCAGACGAAGUUUGCUGCCACGGUGCGUCUGCUGGUGGGCGGAAAACUCAAUGUCCACAUGAACCCUCCCCAGGUCAAGGCUGUUAUCGUCAGCGAGCAGCAGGCCAAAGCUCUUCUCAAGAAUGAGAGCACCAGGAACGAUAGCAGUGGAGAAAUCCUCAACAACAACUGUGUAAUGGAGUACCACCAGACCACUGGAACCCUCAGUGCACACUUCAGGAACAUGUCCCUGAAGAGGAUCAAGCGGUCUGACCGUCGUGGUACAGAGUCAGUCACAGAGGAGAAGUUCACAGUCCUGUUUGAGUCACAAUUCAGCGUUGGGGGCAAUGAGCUUGUUUUUCAUGUAAAGACAUUAUCGCUCCCCGUGGUGGUUAUUGUUCACGGUAGUCAAGACAACAACGCCACAGCAACAGUCCUCUGGGACAAUGCGUUUGCCGAACCAGGCAGGGUCCCCUUCAUAGUACCUGACAAGGUGCUGUGGCCCCAGCUGUGUGAAGCACUAGACAUGAAAUAUAAGGCGGAAAUGCACAGCGGACGCGGUCUGUCAGAGGACAACCUGGUGUUCCUGGGACAGAAGGCCUUCAGUAGCACCAGCAACAACCCUGACGACUACCGCAGCAUGACCAUGUCCUGGGCGCAGUUCAACCGGGAGAGUUUGCCUGGACGAAACUUCACCUUCUGGCAGUGGUUUGAUGGAGUCAUGGAGCUCAUGAAGAAACAUCUGAAGCCUCAUUGGAAUGACGGGGCAAUCCUGGGCUUUGUGAACAAGCAGCAAGCCCAGGAUAUGCUGAUGUCCAAACCGAACGGCACCUUCCUACUGCGCUUCAGUGAUUCUGAGAUCGGAGGUAUCACAAUUGCCUGGGUGGCAGAAAACCCCAACAAAGCAGGGGAGCGGUUAGUGUGGAACCUUAUGCCUUACACCACCAAGGACUUCUCCAUACGCUCACUCGCCGACCGCAUCAGUGACCUCAACCACCUUCUGUACCUCUACCCUGAUAGGGCCAAGGAUGAGGUCUUCUCGAAGUACUACACCCCUCCCCUCUCAAAAGCAGUGGACGGCUAUGUUAAACCACAGAUCAAGCAAGUUGUGCCAGAGUUCACCACACCUAACCCCGAGCCACCUGGUGGAAACCCAACAUACAUGGACCAGGCAGCUUCCCCUUCUGUGGGACCUCCCAGCAACUUUGGCAUCUACCCUUCCAUAAAUGACCCGAUGCUGGAUGCUGAUGGUGAGUUUGACCUGGAGGACAGCAUGGACGUGGCUCGACAUGUAGAGGAACUCCUGAGACGACCAAUGGCUGAUCAGUGGAGCAGCCAGCAGUCGUGACCUUUAAACCCCUGACCUUUUAACCCUCUAAACCUGCACCCUAAUAAGAGCCAAGCACCCGUAAAUAACAGUUUUUAAAACCAAAGGAAAAUCAUGCUCAGACCUUAUUCUCACCAACCUAAGUUAAGUAAUACCAGCAUUUUACUAAACCAGGUUUUGCUCUAAAUGUAAACAUGGUUUGGUUUUCCAAUAAUAUAUUUAGAAUGCAUAGCCAAUCCAAAUUAAGUUAUAAUUGAAGUUAGCUAUUUCUGUCUUACCUUAUAUCUUUAUCAGCUUAUAAAAAGUAGCCAACAGCGUUGUGUAUUUUAAUGUACAGCUAACACUAGCAUUUAUCACACAAAAGGUAAGUGAGAUCACCUAUUGUGUAUACUUAGUGUGUUGUGCUGGCCUGGCAUCAAGACAGCUGCUCCUGGUUAGUUGUGGGCUGGAUGUGCAAAUAUCAAAACGUUCUUUUUAAAGCACAAACUUAUUAGGUUCGGCCUGAUUUUUUACAAAACAGAGAAAGAUUAUAAUUAGCUAAACAAAAGUAGUAAAUACCUUAAAUAAAGAUGUUGCAACCUCCAGCAACUCCAUGGCCCCUUGAUUUAUAUUGUUUUUGUGAAGUAUUCUCUGUCAAUGUGACUAAUAGAUACUAAUACAAUUAUUGAAAUAUUCUGUUGUACCUGAUAAAGAAUAUACAGCAAAUAAAUUAAUAGAACGGUAAAGGUAAGGGGAUGCAGUACUGAGAAAGAAAUAUAGAUGUAUAGAAUGUCAUAUUGUUACUGCAAUACUUGCUACUCAGGCUUGUAUCUUGAUGAUGGCUUAAUUGGUAUGUCAAACCAGCAUUCAUUUAUUUGCUUGCUAUAACAAUUCUUGGGUAAUAUUUUGGCCUUGACAAAAGGUGGCUUACUUUGUAACAGGACAAAAUAGCAAUAUCCAAUUCUACUAUUGGGUCAGUAUUAACAAUGUAAUCGCCCACUUUUUGUAUAAAUACAAUUAAGGGAUUUUAAAACUUAGCCGCUAAUUAUUUCAUUUAAUAUUUUUUAAUUGACAUCUGAGCCCCUUCUGUUGUCAAAUGGGACCCUUGAUAUGAAAAGUUAUGCGAAAUGUGUACUCUACAUUAUAUGCCUUGUACGUGUAUAGUCUGCCUUGAAUGUGGAUUUAACUAGCUUCACCAAAAAGUCCUUACAGUUAAUACCUCUGCUUCUUACCACACUAAACUUGCAUCAGUUACUGGCUUUUUAUACUUGUUAAUUCAAAAAGGAGUCAUCAGACAAGUAAUUCUCAACAAAAAAAAACUGCUCAGAGAUAAUAAUGGUAAACUGACCCAGCUAUCCACAACCUCUAUUCUGGUACGCACCCAUUACCUUGUAUUGAAGACCUUAGUCAGCCUUAAAGUUUAUUGUAUUCUCAACCUGUGCCUUAA